AUGGAUAGUUAUAAUCCCCAUGCAGUGACCUAUGAUGAUCUACAUAUCAACUUCACUCAGGAAGAGUGGGAUUUGCUGAGUCCUUCCCAGAAAAAUCUCUACAAAGAUGUGAUGCUGGAGACCUUCAGGAACCUCACUACUACAGGGUACAUUUUGGAGGUCUGUAACACUGAAGAACAUAGUCAAUGCUCUAGAAGACCUACAAGGAAUGAAAAAACACAUACCAGAGAAAAAUGCUGUGAAAUUAAGCAAUGUGGUAAAGCCUUUGAUUAUCACAGUCAUCAUCAAAUGCAUGAAAGAACACCCACUGGAGAGAAACCCUAUGAAUAUAGUCAAGAUGGUAAAGACUGUGUUCAUUAUGAAACUCAUCAAAGUCAUAAAAGAACACAUAAUGAAGAAAAAUCAUAUAAAUUUAAUGCGCUUGGUAAGGCCUUUGCUGAUCACAGUCAUCUUCAAAAGAAUAAAAGAACACAUACUAGCGAGAAACCCUAUGAAUGUUUUCAAUGUGGUAAAUGCUUUGCAUGUCAGGAUAAUCUUCAAACACAUAAAAGAACACGUACUGGAGAGAAACCCUAUGAAUGUAAUCAGUGUGGUAAGGCCUUUGCUCAGAAAAGUAAUCUUCAAAUGCAUAAAAGAGCACAUAAUGGAGAGAAGCCUUAUGAAUUUAGUCAGUGUGGUAAAUACUUUGCACAUCUGGAUUACCUUCAAUUGCAUGAAAGAACACAUUCUGGAGAGAAACCCUAUGAAUGUAAUCAGUGUGGUAAGGCCUUUGCUCGACCUAGUACUCUUCAAAGUCAUAAAAGAACACAUACUGGAGAGAAACCCUGUGAAUGUCAUCAGUGUGGUAAGGCCUUUGCUCGACCUAGUACUCUUCAAAUGCAUAAAAGAACACAUACUGGAGAGAAACCCUAUGAAUGUAAUCAGUGUGGUAAGGCCUUUGCUCAACAUGGUAGUCUUCAAAUGCAUAAAAGAACACAUACUGGAGAGAAACCCUAUAAAUGUAGUCAGUGUGGUAAGGCCUUUGCACAUCAUCGUCACCUUCAAUACCAUAAAAGAACACAUACUGGAGAGAAACCCUAUGAAUGUAAUCAGUGUGGUAAGGCCUUUGCAUAUCUUAGUAAUCUUCAAGAGCAUAAAAGAACACAUUCUGGAGAGAAACCCUAUGAAUGUAAUCAGUGUGAUAAGGCCUUUGCUCAACACAGUCAUCUUCAAACGCAUAAAAGAACACACACUGGAGAGAAACCCUAUGAAUGUAAUCAGUGUGGUAAGGCCUUUGCUCGACCUAGUACUCUUCAAAGUCAUAAAAGAACACAUACUGGAGAGAAACCCUAUGAAUGUCAUCAGUGUGGUAAGGCCUUUGCUCACCGUGGUACUCUUCAAAUGCAUAAAAGAACACAUACUGGGGAGAAACCCUAUGAAUGUAAUCAGUGUGGUAAGGCCUUUGCUCAACGUGGUACUCUUAAAAGGCAUAAAAGAACACAUACUGGAGAGAACCCCUAUGUAUGUAUUCAGUGUGGUAAGGCCUUUGCCCAUCAUAGUCACCUUCAAUACCAUGAAAAAACACAUACUGGUGAGAAACCCUAUGAAUGUAAUCAGUGUGGUAAGGCCUUUGCUUAUCUUAGUCAUCUUCAAAAACAUAAAAGAACACAUACUGGAGAAAAACCCUAUGAAUGUAAUCAGUGUGGUAAGGCCUUUGCUCAACACAGUCAUCUUCAAAGGCAUAAAAGAACACAUACUGGAGUGAAAUCCUUUAAAUGUAAUCAAUGA